AUGGAGGAAUCGUUCUAUUUUGCGUUACUUCGAAUAUCCAUGACGCAGAUCCUCAAGGCGUCUGGCUUUGACAAGUGCAAGCCGCUGGUGUUGAAUACUGUCACCGAACUAUACGUCAAGCAUCUCGAACUGAUUCUUGCUAGUGCCAAAAAGUUCUCCCUCUCUCGUGCCAAUUGCACCAACGAAAUACUUCCACAAGACUUGGUACAAGCUCUACUAGACGUGCAGCUCAUAAAACCUCUGUCUUUCGAGAGCAUUUUGGAUCCUCGAGACAGUGCCGUGGAACCACCUGCGGAAUACAACACCAAGUCGCUAGAAUCAUUUGUUCGUUGGCUAAAGUACAGCGAUAGUUUCCGACUUAGUAAGCAGUUGUGUGAAGUACCCACAACACUCAUUCACAACUUGGUGGAAAAGAGAAAGAUUGAUAUUUCUGCGGAAACAGACCAGGAGAGAAAAAAGCGUAGGUUGAGAGAAAAACAGGAAUACUACAAUCAAUUCAAGCACGGCGAUGAGCAUACACAGGUGGAUCGAAUAGUUGAUGAUCUUGACGACGACGAAAUCACUAGCAAUGACAGGCUUUCGUGGUUAGCAUACCUAACAGAGAAGGACUUGAAAUUGGGCCAUAAUCUCAAGUUUGCCAACACAUGCAUCCUGGACACCGUACUCUCUGUUCAUAAGAACAAGAAGUUCCAUCCGCCCUCAAAGAAUGGCGAAGACAGUUUCGAGUUUCUUCAAAAUCAUCUCUACAACAACAACAAGAACGAUUAUGUGGUGCUUCAUAUCCAAGAUGCCGAAGAUGACGACGCCGGAACUACGUUACAGCCUUCCCAAGUACUAAAGGAGUCACUACCCUAUAAUGUGAAGUACUCUGAGGCUUUACUUGACGAUAAUGUGGAGCAGUACUUUGAGUAUGCAGAAAAACACCCAGAGGAGAUUGAAAAGAUUCGAGAGAGUCUCGAAAAGGCCAAAGAGGAGGCAGCAACGAAUGGAAGAUUGCCAAGUCCCUUGGGGUUGAGCGGAGAAGAAAAACCCGUGGUUUCUGUAUUGAAAGAGGUAGCAGAUAUUGAUGUUAUGCCAAGUGCCAGAGUUGGUGAUGUGGUUGAGGGAGAAGAGAUCAAAGAGAUAGAUAAUAACGAAAAGAGUGAAGAUGAUAAGGAAAUUAACGAGAAGAAUGAUAAGAAUGGAAUUGUUGAAGACGUUCAAGACGUUGAAAUGAAGGAUGCGGGGGAAAGUUCAACGAAACUGGAUUCAGAAGACCCAACAGAGGCUAAGGAAGCUGAUGUGAUUGAAUCCAAUGAAGUUGGUGAAAAAGGUGAAGCUGAGAAAAUGGACGAAAUAGAGGGAAAUGAUGGAGAGGAAAAAAAGGAUGAAACAGAGGGAAACAAAGUUGAAGAAAAUGAACUGGUAGAAGAAAAUGACGAGGUAAGCAAUGAGCACGAAGUCAUUGACGAAGUUUCCGAGACUAAUGAUUAA